UAAGCUGACGUCAUCAGACAACGACAGUAAACAAUAUGGCGGAUGGUUGACAGGUGCGAGCAUAUACGUGCAGAGAAAUAAUACUUUACCAUGCCUGGAAAGAAGAAAGGAAAGGGAAAGAAAAAGGGUAAAAAGGGAAAGAAGUCAGGGAAGAAGUCGAAGUCUCCGGGGGCCGAAACACCAAGACCCGAUCCCCUGACGCCCGAAGUCGCACAGCCUUUUGUAAAAAUAGGAGAGAGCCUGGUGAACCUGUUGAAAAAAAAUGAAGUUAGUGACAAAGAAGUCCACGGUGUUAAAGUCUCAGGAAUAGUUUUGGACGAACUGACGGCACAGGAUAUCAGAGACCUGAAAGUCAUAUUUGAUGUCUUUGAUUCGAAUAGUGAUGGGAGAAUAAAUGCUAUGGAACUCCGUCGAGCAUUAAAAGCACUCGGGUUUAAAGUGACCAAAGUGGAAGCUAGACAAAUGAUACAGGAAGGAACUGUGAAACACGGAGCCUAUGCAUCUUUUAAUGACUUCCUAGAGUUUGUAAUUGGCAAGCAAGGGGAUUCUAGAGAUGUCCAUGAAGAAAUUGUCAAGGGCUUCAAGAUGUUUGAUUAUGACAAGACAGGGAAAAUCACUAUGGACAACUUAAGAAGAGCAUGCAGAGAGGCAGGAGUCAAGUUUACGGAAAGAGAACUAACAGACAUGGUGGAUGAGGCAGACAUUAAUGGAGAUGGAAUGGUGGACGAACAUGAAUUUAUAAGAAUCAUGCUGCAGACUAAUUUGUUCUGUUGAAAAAGUGACUUUAAAAAUAUUCGUUCUUUUUUAAAACAUUGAUAUCAUUACUGGACAUUGUCACCGUAGCAUUAUUUUACAUAUGGUGAUACAUGUACAGUUGUACAUGUACCAGCUACAUGUACAUGUGCUAAGACAGCUUCUUUAAAAUUUUAAAAUUUGCAUGUGUUUUUGAUUACUAGUACAUGUAUGUUGCAGCUGUAGAAAGGUCAGUUUGAAGUUGUAGAUUAUUUUCGUCACAUAUU